UCCACGCUGAGCCCAGGGAGCUGUCUUCUUCAUACCCCUAUGGAGGCCACUUUCACAUCAACUUUAUAAACGUUGCAAGGAUUCCCUCUGUAUGGCCCCUGGUGUUCUAAUGACUUCCUACCAGCUUGCUUUGAAAGUUGAAGACCCUUCUCUAAGUAAAAUAAAAAUGCAGACCAGCUUGAAAAUGGGAGUGGAGGAAGAGGUGGAGUGCAAGCCCAAGGUGCCUGCUGCAAUCCUGCCAUUCAGCGUGGAGGCAUUAAUGGCUGAUAGGAAGCCAGGCAGAGACAGAGAGGUGCCAAGCCCAGCAGUCAGUCCCCUGGCUGGGACAUCUCACAGCCCCAGGAUGGGCUCACUGGCUGGAACCGACCCCCCCAGCCCGCCUCUAUCCCUGAACCCCCAUUUUACUGUCGGGGGCAUCAUGAACCUCUCCGAAGACGCGCUGGUCAAGUCAGAGAGCCCGGAGAGAGCAGAGAGGACCUCAUGGAUGCAGAGCUCCAGGUUCUCCCCCUCCCCAACCAGAAGAAUGAGCCCCCCAGCUUGCACUCUGAGAAAACACAAAACCAACAGAAAGCCAAGGACUCCAUUCACCACCUCCCAGCUCCUGGCCUUGGAGAGGAAGUUCAGGCAGAAGCAGUACCUCUCCAUAGCAGAGAGAGCAGAGUUCUCCAGCUCCCUUAACCUGACAGAGACCCAAGUGAAGAUUUGGUUCCAGAACAGGAGGGCAAAGGCUAAAAGACUACAAGAGGCUGAGUUAGAAAAACUGAAAAUGGCUGCCAAGCCUAUGCUACCACCAGCCUUUGGGAUCUCCUUCCCUCUAGGGACGCAUUUACCCACUGCCUCUCUGUAUGGGACAUCACACCCCUUCCACAGACCAUCUCUCCCUGUAUCUCCUAUGGGACUCUACACAGCCCAUGUGGGUUACAGCAUGUAUCACCUCUCCUAAGACUGCCCAAUUUCAUUGAGACUGUUGGCAAUGGACCUUGUGUGAAAUCACCCUGCACCAUAUCCGUUUACCCUUAUUUAUGAGUUCCUAGGGAAUUGGAAGUGUAGCAUUACAAUGUCACAUCCAGCAUUUAUAUCUUUAUCAUCUUGUUAGCCAGCAACCUGUAAGUAGAUCCAAGAGUCAGGCUAUCUCCAGAUCCCACCACCGAGGACCUAUGACUUAAUCUUUCAUUUCUAUACAAUGAAACCUGAUGCACUUGUUAUAUUUAAAUGAAUGACUUGAUUAAGGGGUAAGGUUUCUUUAUUUUUUAUUUGAUUUUUUUUUUUUCUCUUUAACUAGUUUAUGAAACCGAUAGGAUAUAGCCUAGAGAGAAACGAAACAUUUUGGGGGACAGUGUCGAAAAUCUGAGAAGUGGGUGAAGAUGUAUGUAUUUCAUGUUGUACAUUAUAAAUGCACAUCCAUUCUGGAGGUUGUAGACAUCGGUUUUGGGUCAACGUUCUAAAUAGUAGUAAUCCGCAUGAACAUUCUACCGGUUCCCAUGGUGACUGCUCCACGUUUUUGGAACUUUGACGCAGAGCUGUUUUUUUUUUUUUUUAUACAUAACCCUAUGAAAUUGUGAGAAUGAGUAAGGAAUCAUUGGACAAUCAAAUAUGCUCUUAAUUAUAUAUCGGCCAAUUUUGCUUGCUUGUUCCUAAAGCGUCAAACUUCUGUAAAUCCCACAUUAUUCUUGACUGUUACAAUUUCCUCCUCCCACUGCUUCGCUUUAUCAUUCAGACUUCAGAAUGGACUCAGAGGCAACUUCAUUGUCCCAAAUGUUCUCAAACUUCUCAAAUUCUAGAUCUGACAUUACAGGAUGGCAAGACAGAUAAAGGGAUAAAUGUCUCUUAUAUGUAAGAGAAUACUGUAUUGAAGUUACUAUUUAACAGCACUGUCUGUUUGUAUUAUUUUUGUGUUAUGAGCCCUUUGGAAGGGAUUGCUGUGUACUUUGUAAUAUAAUGUAUAUUUGAAAUUUAUUAUCAUUUAUAUUAUAGCUAUAUUUGUUAAAUAAAUUAACUUUUAUGUA